AGACGACCGGACCGACGGCUUAAAGUGGCACAGCAGCUCUUGCAGGAGACGGUUCGAUUUUUCCUUGGUUCAUUCGGCGCGGUUCGUUUGGUUCGAACACCACAGUCGCAGAGUGGAAUUAUUGUGUGGAAAACCUCCCCCGCGCGGACCCGUUUCCCUUGCCGUUCGUCUUGAAGGAAGUGCAUUUUCAGGUGGUGAGGAUUUUCGCGACUGGGUUCCGAUUCUCUGCUUUGUGACUGACCGGCGGUUAGUGGAAAACCGGGAAAAUCCGGAUGGAUUGAUGCCACCGAGUAGUGCGUGAGGAGCCCCGCGAGGGUCAUCAAUCAGUGUUUCUUUCCCAGCAGCAGCAGCGCAGCGGAAGCAAAGUGUUGUUGUAAAUUAUACCGAGCCGAGCCGACUCCUGGGUAUAGAUAGGGGAGGGACGAAGGACGACGUGCAGCAAUCGAUAUUCUGCCGUUCCGCGCCGAGGUGAAUUGGGGCCGUGGGAAAACAAAAAAAAAGGAUCCUGGACAGAACAGGACGUCCGCGUUUGAUGCGUUUUUGAUGAUGGUGGUUUGAUUUCUUUUACUGCGGGUUGAACAAAAGGAAGAAGCAAAUAAAAAUGGUGGAUCGAAAGUGAUUGGGAAAAUUGCGAAACGGGGAAAAUCAAAGUGCUUCAGGGGUGUGGAGAAAAAAAAAAGAAGUUGACUUUCCUCCUUCUGUGUGAAAACAUGGCGCACCCGGGUCACAGACAGACAAAGGAAGAAGGAAAGUGAUAACGUUUGCGGUCAACAAGGAUACCCCGGAUUCGAGGAAGUGGAUACUAGGAAAAAAGAGUUCUAAAUUUACGGGAACCGCGGAGCAGCCUCAGUGUGAUCCAACCAGACCAGGCAAAGCGCGGAUAGCGUCACGUAGCCAGCAAGCUAGUCAGCUAGCCAGCCAACAGCACCAUUAAUUAGCGACGUAACCCGUGACGUCCUCGGUUCGUCCGUCGACUCUCCGGCGUUGGCGACGAAGACGACGACGACGGCGUAGAAGAUAUGGCUGCCAAUAAAAGUUUGAAAACAAAAUGAAAAGAUCAAUAGGAAAAUCAUCCGGAAAAGAGUUCAAAAUUGUUCACAAUCGAGAAUGAGCUCACCAUGAGCUGAUAAAAACAAAAGCGUAAAACGAAAAAUCAUCCGGUGCAAAACGGAAAGAGAAAAGAAAUCGAGAGCUCUACUAAGUGUGAAUUGCGUUUGUGUGUGUGCGCGCGUGAGCUCGCUGCUACGAUCAAUCAACUACUACACACACUACUGUGCGCUGCCUGGAUUUCGUGAACCGCUGUGCGGUUAACCAUUCACGUGCGCGUGCACAUACACACACGUGCGUGCGUGUUAUUGUGAAUUUCAGUGUGCUACCAUUCUCUCGGCCAAUCACCGAGACACGACCGCUGCGGCUUGGCCCUCGCGGCCACCUUCUUGGAUGUGGAUAAUGAUGUCGAAGCAGUCCUCCGCUUCGUCGCCUUCGUCGAGUGUGCACAGCUUCGCCGAAGGUCAGUCGAGCAACCACCAGCAGGAGGACCUCGACGCGAUCGCGAAGCAGAUUUCCGAUCACGCCGAAGCCAUCUACCAGACAUGGAAGGCCCGUGGCCUAGCGCCAACUGAAAUCCUCAACUGCCAACUGCCGACGGCGGACGGUGAGAAUGCUUUUAGCAAAACCUUGAGCCCUACGACAACUACCGCUACCUCUUCCGCAUCGCCGGGCUCGCCGUCCUUGCCGGCAUCGUCGUCUAGCGCGAACCACCAAAAAUCCGCCACUUCCGGUGUAGCCGAACUACUCGCGCAAGCCCCCGAGCUAUCCAACAACAGCCUUGAGCAGUUGGUCAGUUCGUUCGUGAACGAAGACAAAGCUCGGAUUGCGGCGCAGAAACGAGGUGCCGGACGUCCGGUUUCCGCUGGUUCCGCCAUCAAGAGUGUGCUUCAAAAGUUCGAACAAAACGGUGCUCAGAACUUGAACACUUCCCCGAUCAACAAACCAAAUUACAUCCGGCCAAGCAACAACACCGCUACACCAAAUAAGGUGAACAACAACAACAACAAUAACCUUAGUACCCUGAACAAGAACAAUGUUCCAGAUGUCCUGAAGGACACGCUGGUCGAGAAACCCCGCGAAAAGCCACAGACUCCGGUUAAACCGGACCAUUUGCUGAACCAUGUUCCUAGCUGGCCGCUGAAGAACCGCGUAGUAAAGUCCAGCGGACCAAACGGUUCCGACAAAGUCAACCAUCACCAAACGCUCGCUUCAACGGGUUCCGGAAGUAGCGGCAGCCCUAGUAGUAGUAGUAACAGUGGCCUUAGUAGCAUCUCCGGUGGAACCGGCUUCAUUUCCAAGAAUACCGCGGAACUUAUGGAUGAGGUUUCUCGGGAAGAAGAACGUCUAAUCAACGCACUGAAAACGGGAACCGUUCUCAACAGCAGUGACAACCUCCUUCCGGAGGUUAUAACCUCCACCCUUCCGGAGACCCGAGACGUCCCCGACUACGGUUACAGCAGUAAUCGACCGCUCGUCGACAUGGUGACCUCGUCCACUGUGGUGGCCAACGGGUCUACCAAUGGCACCACUACCAACGGUACCAAUGGUACUAGCGCUGGCGCUGGCACCGACGCCGGUGCCCCCAACGCCGCCGCCGGGGUCAAACACUGGAACGGGGUUCCCAUGAAGCCCAAUCACAUACCGAUCCUGAACAUUCACCAGAUCCACGAGCAGCACAAGCUGUCCACGAAUUUUACGCGCAACGUUGCAACCACAAGACUGCCGAAGGAUUUUGGCCGCCCGGCGGCGGCCUCGGACGACAAGAAGGAGUUCCAGGCGAAGACCAUUCCGAGCCCGAUCCGGCCGUUCCUGUCGCGGGGCUCCGUGGCCGAGCGGGUGCUGAUAUUCGAGAAAUGCCCGGAGAAGGCCCCGCCCCGGGAACGCGCCAAAGAGCCAGUCAAGGUGCAGUCCAAACCCGUCAACAGACUGAUCCCGCCAAACAUUCAUACCACGCUUCAGCGACAUCUGAAGAACUCAACGAAAGCUCCCUACAUACCACAAUUCCACUUCCCGAAUGGCAAACCUCCGCCGGCCAUCACGACGGAAACGACCAUGCAACGACUGGAGCAGGUGUUCGAGAACCUGCCCAACUACGAGUGCCCCCGGGACAAGUUCCACAUGAUUGUGACCAUGUGCCAAGUGCCACUCUACUGGCGGGUUCCGCUGUUCAUGUGCACCCCGCUGACGGCCAGCGGUUGCGUGAACGGCGACAAGUUCAUCGGCUUCUGGCGACAAAUGACUUCCUUCUGCCACGAUCCGGCGUCCCGCUUCACGUUCAUCAUGUCGCGAGGGGACCGCUCGCGGCCUUACAUCCUGCCGGAAGACUUUGCCUCCCUGAUACAGGACGUGGUGGACACCCAUCCGGGGCUGGCGUUCCUCAAGGAGGCGGCCGAGUUCCACUCGCGGUACGUCCACACGGUGAUAGCCCGGAUCUACUACAACGUGAACCGCAGCUGGACGGGGAAGAUCACCGUGCCGGAACUGCGCAAGAGCAACCUGCUCGAUGUGAUACAACUGCUGGAGGAGGAGGAGGACAUCAACCAGAUCAUGGCGUACUUCAGCUACGAGCACUUCUACGUCAUCUACUGUAAGUUCUGGGAGCUGGACCGGGAUCACGACCUGUACAUUGACCAGCAGGAUCUGGCCCGGCACAACGAUCACGCGUUAUCAUCCCGCAUGAUCGAGCGGAUCUUUUCCGGCUGUGUGACGCGAGGUCCCCGACGGGGUAACCCGAACCCGAUCAUAGUGGGCCCGAAUGGGCCCAAGAUGUCCUACACGGACUUUGUGUGGUUCCUGCUGGCCGAGGAGGACAAGACGCAUCCGACGGCCAUCGAGUACUGGUUCCGCUGCAUGGAUGUCGACGGCGACGGGAUGCUGUCGAUGUACGAGCUGGAGUACUUCUACGAAGAGCAGCAGCACCGGAUGGAGUCGCUCGGAAUCGAGACGUUACCCUUUGAAGACUGUUUGUGUCAGAUGCUGGAUAUGAUCAAACCGACAACGCCCGGCUGUGUCACGCUCGCCGACCUGAAACGGUGCAAGAUGACGCCCAUCUUCUUCGAUACGUUCUUCAACCUGGAGAAGUACAUGGAGCACGAACAGCGGGAUCCAUUUGCGCAGCGUGAUAAUGAUGAUCAGCUCUCGGAUUGGGACCGAUACGCCGCCCAGGAGUACGAACUGCUGGUGGCCGAAGAGGGAGGAGACACCCAAGGGUAAAUAUGCACUUUCAGUUCGGUUUGUCUAAUUUCCCGGCCUAUCUCACAGACAACGCGUACCCGUACACACACUCAC